UCCUUUAACAUUACAAAUUCCUCGGUUACACAGUAUUUAGUUACAAAAUUUUUCUUGCAUAUUUCCCAUGUUCCAUCAACCACAAAACAGAAAAAGCAAGUCAGUGUGUAUCAAAGGGCAGAAAAUUAGAAGUACAUUUUUUUGACACACUUUUUUUUCUUUAGUGAUCAGGCUCCCUUCAAACCUUGGGAUGGUUUCAGGCAAGGCCUUGUAGAAAUAACCUGCUUGGCAUAAUUUCACAGCAAAAGCAAACUGAAAGUAAACUGUUGAGACAAGUUGGCCCAGGGGACUUCUACACUAUAAGGUCUGCCUUUCUUCUAGUUCGCUGCCUUUUUAUGCACACACAUUGAUUUCCCUUUUCUACUUUGUGGUUGAGUGAGUACAUCGCACCCGGAACCCUGGCUGAGGAGGUGGGGAAACGGCAGGAACUCUAACUCCCUGUGGUGGCGCCCAGCCAGCAUAAAUUUUGGCCCGCGCCGCUUCACGUACUCUGGGAACUUUGUCCCUCAGAGACAGCCGGGCCUCGAGGUCUGCCCCGCGAGACGGACACGCUGUCCAUGCUCUCCGCCUCCAGAAGGACUCUCCAGCUCCUCUCCAGCUCCAUCCCGGUACGGAUGAUGGGCGACUCAUCUUCGAAGGUCAUCAGCGCGGAGGAAGCUUUGCCAGGACGCACAGAGUCGAUCCCCGUAGCAGCCAAACACCAUGUCAGUGGCAACAGAACGGUUGAACCUUUCCCAGAGGGAACACAGAUGGCUGUAUUUGGAAUGGGCUGUUUCUGGGGAGCUGAGCGCAAGUUCUGGCUCUUGAAAGGAGUGUAUUCAACCCAAGUGGGUUUCGCAGGAGGCUACACACGCAAUCCUACCUACAAAGAGGUCUGCUCAGAAAAAACCGGUCACGCAGAAGUCGUCCGGGUUGUGUACCGGCCAGAGCACGUCAGCUUUGAGGAGCUGCUCAAGGUCUUCUGGGAGAAUCACGACCCGACCCAAGGGAUGCGCCAAGGCAAUGACUAUGGCACGCAGUAUCGAUCGGCAGUCUAUCCCACCUCCGCCACGCAGAUGGAAGCAGCCCUGAAAUCCAAGGAGGAGUACCAGAAGGUUCUUUCAAAGCAUGGCUUUGGCCCCAUCACCACCGACAUCCGAGAGGGACAAGUGUUCUACUACGCCGAAGAUUACCACCAGCAAUACCUGAGCAAGAACCCAGACGGCUACUGUGGCCUUGGGGGCACUGGGGUUUCCUGUCCCAUGGCCAUUAAAAAGUAAUUUCUCUCCACGAAGCUGGCCCUGGAGGUUCCAUCAACACCAUGAUUGCUGGAUGGAGCAGCACUGUUGUGAUUCCCAUCUGUCACUUUAUGAAGAGCACACACCACACAGGCAUUUACAUGAAUCUGGUUGUUAUCGGGGUCUGAUUUACAGAAAGUAGGAUGACGAGGUGAUGCGUUGUAAUUUGUCUUCUGAUCAGUCGGGGUGGGGAUAGAACAUGAUGUUUUAGUGGAUCAUUUGGGGUCUAAAUGAAGAUAACGAAUAUCCCGUGUCCAUCUGCUGGAGCCGGAGGGAUGCUGAGGGUUCUGAAACAGGGAGCUGGCUGGGAGAGCACGGAGCACUGGGACUCUAGGGCUGACAUACCUCACCCACCUCCCUGCCCUCAGGUGCCUAAUUCAUUAGUGUCUAGGAGCUCCACGAAUCAUUGCCAAAACGCUUUGCUCUGCUGACUCUAGACGCAUAUUAGGGGUUUCUCUCCCCCCUCCGUCCUCUCUGUGCAGAGAAAAGACAUGAGUGACCUUAAUGAAUUCUAACAUUCUGCUUACAGCUAUGAUAAAGCUUGUUCUAAUAAAAAGCUACUGUUUGGUGAUAGCA